AUGAAGACAAUCCUUGACAGCAUCUGGGCAUGGACUGGGCUGUUCAGCUACCGGUUCGACGAGCUCAUCUCGACCCGUCGCGGCCAGAUCGCCGCCUUGAUUCUGGUGGGGGGCGCCAUCAUCGUGGGCGUGAGUCCCGUGGUGGUCUUCAGCAACCACACGACGUUCUUCGGGUCCCUUUACGAGACCGCCGUCGACAUUCUGGACCCCAAGAUCGAAAUGCCUCGCUCCGACAAGGGCGACACCAUGACCUUUCUAUGGAUAUCCCGCGGGUGCACCUUCUCGGUGUUUGUCAUCACGUCGUUGUAUGCUAAUGUCAUGGUCGGCUUCGUUGUGGACUGGAUCGUAGUCAAGAUGGAAGCCGUGGACAAGGGCACCCACGCCAUUGUCGAAACCAACCACUCGGUCAUGCUGGGGUGGGGAGACAAAAGCAUGGGGUUUAUUCGAGAACUGUGCCUGGCUAAUGAAAGCGAAGGCGGCGGAGUCGUGGUCAUACUCAGCCAUCGCCCGAAAGACGAGCUCGACAUGGAAAUCCGGACCAUGGUGUUGUUGCGAGGCACCAAAGUCAUCUGCUGCACAGGCAACCCCCUCUUUGCUGCGGACCUGCUCAAGGUGUCUGUGCACCGCGCUCGGAGUAUUACGAUCAUGUCUACCCAUCCCGAAACCAGCAUGUCCGACGACGCCCUCGUGCGUGUUUUGCUCACCCUCAAGAGCUUGAGCCACCCCCUGCAAGGCCAUAUCGUCGCCGACGUUGGUCAACUCGACAACAAGCAAUUCAUGCGCAUGAUUGGGGGGGACAUUCUGGAGGCGCUCGUGUCGCGUCACAUCGUCGGCCGCCUCGUCGUGCUCUGUUCGCGGUCGCCCCAUUUAGGUCGGGUAUACAAUGCGUUGCUCGGGUUUGGCGGCCACGAAUUCUAUUUAAACGAGUGGCCAGAGUGCGUGGGGGUCCCCUUUGGUGACCUGUAUACCCACUUUGACUCUGCCAUUCCCAUCGGACUUCGCACCAAAUCGGGCCAUGUGCUGGUGAAACCUCGUCACAGCCGCCUCGUGGAGCGUGGAGACGCCAUCAUUGUUCUGGCCGAAGACAACGAUUCGUAUACAGCGUUACUCCAUCCAGUGCAGAUCCCGUGGUCCGAUUAUCAUCGUUCGUUUCAGAAACAACCGCUGCCUCCGCCCCCCAGACGAAUCCUAUUGUGCGGAUGGCGGCGGGACCUUCACACGAUCCUCCACCUGUUGCAGCAUUUGUCCCAGCCGGGAACGGUUGUAGACUUGGUGAACCCCACAGAUAUCGACGAACGACUCGACACAUUUCGAGCGGACGGCCUUGACUUGGACUCCCUGACAAACCUCAACGUGGCGCACAUUGUGGGAAAUUCCGCGUCGAAACGCCAGCUCACCAACGUCCACGUAGCGUCGUACGAUUGCAUCAUGGUCGUGACAGACAAGGACCACGAAGACGAACCCAUGGGCAGCGAUUCGCACAUCCUCAAGAGCGUCAUGCUGCUGCGGUCGCUCGAGUUGAAGCAAAGUCGGCGGGUGUUUCACCAAGUGCCGUGCGUGGCCGAAGUGCUGGACACGCGUACUCAAAAGACCAUUGCGCACAACCCGCUGAUCGACGGCACCGCCGAAUGGAUUAACUCGAACGACUUGGUGAGCCGCAUGUUGGCCAUGAUAUCGGAGAAUCGGUUUGUGAAUGCCGUCUUUGACGACGUGCUGGGCGAUCAUGGCAGCACAUUUGACGUGUUGCCAGCCUCUCGAUACGCCGAAUCGGGUGAAAAAAUCAACUUUUGGCAACUCGCGCAGCGGGCGUCAGUCCAGUACGACGAAAUCGUAUGCGGGUAUGUGUACAUGACCAAAGCUGGCCACGAUGUCGCGCCAGUGGUGCUCAAUCCCCGCGAUAAAGUAACCCCUCGUUACUGGGACAAAUUCUGCGUCGUCGUACUGCGAGACUCAGCCCAACGCACGACAUUCACGGAGAAGCAAGCGUUGCGGUGGAAGGUCCAUGUGGUAUGA